AUGGCUUCCAUGAAGAUAUCGGCGGCGCAAACCCAUGUUUUACGAUCAGCCAUGUCGGACGUUUCCGAUCGUGGUAGAGAUGGGUCGUCCUUUGGCAGUGGCACCUUCCAUAAGCAACGGACCUUCUUAGGCUGUGCAGUCCCUAGAAGCGGUGCUACAAAUGUGCUAAUGCCCGUGACUGCUCCGUCGCCGCCGAGAAGGGAGACCUCCGAAGACCAGAAGAAGUUGGCGGCGUGGACAAGCGUCAGGCAGGAAAGAUGGGAAGGAGAGCUCAGAGUUGAAGGCGAAAUACCGCUAUGGCUGAACGGAACGUACCUGCGGAAUGGCCCCGGCUUAUGGCAUAUCGGAGCCCACAACUUCCGGCACCUCUUCGACGGCUACGCCAUGCUCGUUCGCCUCCACUUCGAGGGCGGCCGCCUUACCGCCGGCCACCGUCACAUCGAGUCCGACGCCUACAAGGCUGCCCGGAAAAAUAAAAAGAUUUGCUACCGCGAAUUCUCCGAGGCCCCGAAACCCGAGAGCUUCCUAGGAUACGUUGGCGAACUCGCCAGCCUCUUCUCCGGUGCGUCCCUCACCGACAACGCUAACACUGGCGUCGUGAGGCUGGGCGAUGGCCGGGUCGUGUGCUUGACGGAGACGGUAAAAGGGUCGAUCGAGAUCGACCCGGAAACGCUGGACACUCUGGGGAGGUUCGAGUACGAGGACUCGCUGGGCGGGCUGGUGCACUCUGCCCACCCGGUGGUGACCAGCUCGGAGCUGGUGACACUGUUGCCGGAUCUGGUGAAGGCGGGGUACUUGGUGGUGAGGAUGGCGGCGGGGACGAACGAGAGGAGGGUGGUGGGUCGGGUGAACUGUCGUGGCAGGCCGGCGCCGGGUUGGGUACACUCGUUUCCGGUGACGGAGCAUUAUGUGGUGGUGCCGGAGAUGCCGCUGAGGUACUGCGCCAGGAAUCUGCUAAGGGCAGAGCCCACACCUCUGUACAAGUUUGAGUGGCACCCUCAGUCCAAGGCCUUUAUGCAUGUUAUGUGUAAAGCCAGUGGCAACGUCGUGGCGAGUGUAGAAGUUCCAUUAUACUUGACAUUCCACUUCAUAAACGCAUACGAAGAGGAAGAUGAAGAUGGCAGAGUAACAGCUAUCAUCGCCGACUGCUGCGAGCACAAUGCUGACACCACCAUUCUUGAUAAGCUCCGCCUACACAACCUCCGCUCAUUCUCCUCCACUCAAGAUGCCUUGCCAGAUGCUAGGGUUGGAAGGUUCAGAAUACCUCUGGAUGGGAGUGGACACGGGAAGUUGGAAGCAGCGUUGGACCCAAACCAACAUGGGAGAGGCAUGGACAUGUGCAGCAUCAACCCUGCCUACCUGGGCAAGAAAUACAGAUACGCGUAUGCAUGCGGGGCACAGCGCCCUUGUAACUUCCCCAACACCCUCACCAAGCUUGAUUUAAUGAAGAAAACGACAAAGACGUGGUACGAAGAGGGUGCUGUGCCCUCAGAACCGUUCUUUGUGGCUCGGCCGGGUGCUACACACGAAGAUGAUGGUGUGGUGAUCUCGAUUGUUAGCGACAAAAACGGAGAAGGAUAUGCAGUACUGUUAGACGGAUCAACAUUCCAGGAGAUUGCAAGGGCAAAGUUCCCAUACGGUCUUCCAUAUGGGCUGCAUGGAUGCUGGAUACCGAAGGACUAG